AUGCGUUUCGACGAGUCUCUCAGAUAUAAUACAGUCCCAGAAUGGACUGCAAAGUACAUUGAUUACUCUGCUCUCAAGAGAUUAAUCUAUUCUCUUGAGAAGCUGUCGGUCCGUAGAAUGCAGGGUUCUGAUGAUACCGAACACACUGCUCUCAUUCACGGUCCCUCAGGCUCUGCAACAACCGACUUUGAUCCAUCGCAAACUUUUACACGCCGUCUCGACACUGAGCUCCACAAAAUUAACGAGUUUUACACCGACACUGAAGAAAAAUUUUUCAGCGAUUUGGACCAACUCAUUGAAGACCAUCAGCAUUACCUCGAUGAACUUGCCGAUCCCCAUAAGGAACUCUCUGAUGACUCUGAUGACGAUCUUGAACUUAACCAUCACCACCCUGCUGCCAUCGCCAUUGCUUCUGGAGCCUCGGGGGCUACCGCGGCUUCUUCUGGUACUCCAGGUACUCCAACCACUGCCACAGGAGCAACAGUACGACCUCCAUUCUCUCGCCAGGCAUCCCAGCUUGGCAUUCCACCUUCCUCAGCAAACUCUGUCCUCUCGGCCUCUCCAGGAACUUUUGCCGGAUCUUAUACUCGACGUUCUUCCUAUGAUGGCUCCCGUGCAACUUCCCCUGUCCGAGCCUAUCGCUCUCACCAUCACUCACGAACCCACUCGGUAGACGAAACUGACUUUACCUCACGCGUAAGACUCCCUUCAAACUCCUCUUCCUCAGUCUCUCCAGGGAACCGCAGAUCCUUAUCAGUCUCAACCGGCGCAGGAAACCGCACUGGCUCUCGCCAACGCUCCUUCUCCGUCUUUGGCUUUGGAAAUAGCCUCCCAGAUGCACCCCAUUGGCCUGACGAUACAGCCAUUUCUCUUAAAAUUCGUGCCACAAACCUUUUUGUUUCACUCUCUGAACUUAGAUCCUACGUCCAGCUUAACAAGACUGGUUUUUCAAAAGCCCUCAAAAAGUUUGACAAGACUCUCAACACGUCUCUGCGUCAACGCUACCUUGACCAGAUCCUCUCCAAAACUUAUGUCUUUAGCUUAGGUACUGAGGAACACUUAAAUGUUCGCAUUCGAGAGGUUGUUUCCAUCUAUUCUAACCUCGUCACUGACGGUGAUGAUGCUGCUGGCCUUGUCCAGCUCCAGGCCCAUCUCCGUGAACGCGUUGUCUUUGACCGCAACACUGUCUGGCGUGACCAAAUGGAAAUUAACCGUAUCGCCCAUGCAACUCCUGUUGUGAAAGACGUGAAACUUCAGGGAGAAACCGACAAUGAUGAAGACAAGGUCGUUUACUAUACCAUUCUGGGCCACCAGGUCCCAAGCUGGAUCUUUAACGCCUCGGCCAUCAAACUUUUUGUUAUUGGCAUUAUCUUCUUUGCCCUUCUUAAUACCAAUACCCUUGAUUCUGUUCCACAAAACCGCUGUCUGGCUGUUGUUGUCACUGCCUCACUUCUUUGGGCUACAGAAGCUAUGCCACUCUUUGUUACUUCUCUUUUGGUCCCCCUACUUGUCAUUUGCCUUAGAAUCCCCUGCGAUGCUGAUGGAAACCCCAUGACAGCUUCGGAUGCCUCUAAAUUCAUCUUUUCCCAAAUGUGGUCUUCUGUUAUCAUGCUUUUGCUCGGUGGCUUUACCCUGGCUGCUGCUCUUUCGAAGUACAAUAUUGCCAAGAUGCUUGCAACCUUUAUUCUCUCGCGUGCAGGUACUAACCCUAAAGUGGUGCUUCUUGCCCUUAUGUUUGUCUCAACCUUUUUGUCCAUGUGGAUCUCCAAUGUUGCUGCCCCCGUGCUUUGUUUCUCUAUCGCACAACCCCUUUUACGCACACUCCCCACAGGCUCCAAAUUUGCAAAGGGCAUCAUUCUGGGUAUUGCUCUUGCUUCCAAUGUGGGUGGCAUGGCUUCUCCUAUUGCUUCUCCCCAAAACAUUAUUGCUCUGGAAAACAUGACCCCUGCUCCUACAUGGGGACAAUGGUUUGCCGUUGCCAUCCCUGUCUGCAUCAUUUCCAACAUUCUCAUUUGGGCCCUUCUUGUAAUUACAUUUAAACCUGGCAAGAAUGUCAAGGUCACGGCCCCCAUUCGUAUUGUCAAUGAGACUUUUGGCUUUACUCAAUGGUUUAUUUCCAUUGUUACAAUUAUCACCAUUAUCCUCUGGUGCUUUUCCCACCAGCUCGAACCUUAUGUUGGUGAAAUGGGCGUUUUGGCCCUCUUCCCAAUUGUCAUUUUCUUUGGUUCCAAGAUUCUUUCCUCGGACGAUUUCAACAACUUUUUGUGGACUAUUAUUGCUCUUGCCAUGGGUGGUAUUGCCCUUGGAAAGGCCGUCUCCACCUCGGGCCUUUUGACUACUGUUGCUCACGGCAUUGAACAACACGUUAUCAAGGGUCUCGGUGUCUUUGGUGUCCUUGUUGUCUUUGGAUUUUUGAUUCUUAUUGUCGCCACUUUUGUUUCCCAUACUGUCGCUGCUCUCAUCAUCCUCCCUCUCAUUUCUUCUAUUGGUGCCCGUAUGGAUGAUCCACACCCACGUUUGCUUGUUAUGGGCGCCGCCUUUUUGUGCUCAGCAGCCAUGGGUCUUCCAACUUCCGGCUUCCCCAACGUCACUGCAAUUUGCAUGGUAGAUGAGUUUGGCAGACCUUACCUUACCGUUGGGAACUUUAUUUCGCGUGGUGUCCCAGCCUCUAUUCUGGCCUAUCUUAUCAUUGUAACUCUGGGUUAUCUCAUCAUGAGAAGUUUAGGAUAUUAA